ACAAUCCGUUUAAUUGUACUCAUCACAGAAGUUGCUUUAACACCGAUUUAGAGCUUCUCUUUUUUUAAAAAAAAGGGAUUGAUAAAAGCAGUAUGUCCGUUGUUUUUUGGUUUAAAAAGAAGUUAUUAUAAAUUGUGUGACGAAUUUGAGCCAAAAGCAUUGUGAAAUGUGAAAAUGUCAGAAGCAGCUGACGUCGAGAUCUAUCGACGUCGUAGAAGUCGGAACGAAUGCGGUGACAGGCAGCGUGUGAUUGGGGGACUUGGUCGACGUCGUCCUAGUCAGUCAAGUGGUAUAAAAGACCGCAUUCAGCACUUUAAAGACCAUGAUAGAAACACACCAUCCCCGUCUUCACCAGCACCAAGAAAAAGAAACGAAGAUAUAGAAAGAGUUACUCCGCGAUUGAGAAAAACAAGCGUUGAUUCUAGUGAUGCUACCUCGCCUUUACCUAGAAGACGAAGAAUGCCCCCUGACACAACCAAAGAGAUUGUGGAUAAUGAUAAAAACAAAAGAAAUGCUCCCUCUAACGAAAGAACUGUAAAGUCGCCACCACCGUUGAGAUUAAGAUUACAAAAAGAAUCAAUUUUGACAGAGACAAAGGAUGAAAGAUCGAAUGGUACCAAGUUGGAGCAAAGAAUAAUAGAUGAAAAACAAAUCAACGGUACAGUCUCUACUAACACGUCAAGGAAGGCUAGUGCGUCCACUAGUAUAGCGGAAAUUACGAAUCGGCUGAACAACAAUAACAAAAAUAAAAAUGACGUCAAAAAUUACGGCAUCGAUGAUGAACAGCGUAAAAACGCAAGCAAAGGAUUGCAAGAUGAGAAUAAAAAAAACUUUUCCUCACUACGUCGAAAAAAUCAAGCAAACAGCUCCAUGUCGUCAGAAGAAAGCUUGUCAAAAAUUAGCUCAAUUAAAAACCGAUUAUACGACAUCAAUAACAACGACUCCGAUGGAAAAAGUUUUGACUCCGACAGCGAUCGGAGUAAAAAACCGACAUCGUCGAAUAACUCAACUAAGAUAGGCAACUUGAGUGACAGUCCUCGGUCCUCUUUCGAUAAUACAUCGAAAUUCAAUUCCUUGAAAAGUAAAUUCUCGAGCAAACUUGAUGACUCCGAGCAAGAGAAAAGUAUUACAUCUUCUCAUGAGAUGCAUGUAGAAACCACCUCCACCGUAUCAAGCAGGAGGCGUGAGGCAAACUCGAUACAAAAAACAACAUUGAAAUCCACAGAAUCAAACGAGAGUAACUUCGUAAAGAAUUCAAAUAUAUUUGAAAAGAACAAUCAUGGAAUUAAAAACAAAACUCCGACACAAAAAUCUUCCUUGAAAUCCGCUGAUUCCAAAUUUAAAAGCGAUAUCGAAAUCAAUGUUAGCUCCCCCGGUUUAACUCGUAAAACAAUCCAAUCAGAAAGAAAAUUAACUAGCGGUUUUGAGACUUCUAAGAUUGACCUAAACGUUGGAAACAAUUUAAAGCAAAAUAAGCAAGAAUUAAACAAGGAUCUUGAUCAAACUGAUUGCAGCAAAGUUUCUCCUAUUCCAACAGAUAAUGUUUUUAAGAAUCUUCCAAAUCAUGACGAGCAAAACGAUGAUAUGAAUGCGUCUGACAUCUUGAAUAACAACACGGGGGUCACUAAAAUAGACAGCGGAAUUCACGCUGAGAAAAAAAUUGUAAAUCAAAGUGAGUCGUCAGAACAACAAAAGAGUAGAGGUGACAUAUCUUUUUCGCCGAGUAAAAUUGAUUCCAGUAUCCCGAAGAAAUCUUUAUCAAAUGAUAUAAAUGUUCUUAAAGACGAAAGUACGCUAGAAAAAAAUCACAAAGGCUAUGUCAAUAUUAUUUCUCGAAAAAAACUGAACUCGGAAAAUAAUUAUGCGGCUUUUCAAAAAGUUACAGAGCGUAGACAAACAAGAGAUCGAAGUAACACUUGGACGACCACAGACUCAGAAGACGAUAGAACACAGUCAGAAUUAAAUGUUGAUAAGAAAUUAAACUUGAAUUCAAACUCCAGCGAUAGUUCGAAUAAAGAACCAAAUAGACGACGAAAGUUAACAAAAAAGAGAUCUAAAAAAAGUAAAAGCAAACCUCAAAUUAUUCCUAAAAAGAACAGUCAGCUAAGUAUUGACACAAGUGAUGGUGAUAUUCUAGAAAGUAAUUACACGUCUGAUGAUUGUGGUAAUCAAAGUGCUCCUUGUGACACUGAUAUAAAUUCUGAUGGUGACAUUUUGGAUGUAAAAUCAACAAAUAAAACUCUGUAUUCUUCCACAGCUAAGGAAAAUACUGAAAAUUUGACAUCUCAGUCUUCUGAGCAGAAAAAUAAUAGUAUAAUAGAAUCUGGUUAUAAUAACAAAAAGGAGGAUUUAGCAAAACUUACAGAUAUAUUACAGAACAGGACUAAUGAUGGUAGUGUUAUGAAAAGUUCCUCAAUGACGACUGUAUCAAGGUUGCAGAGUUUAAGUUCGUACACAGAUAUGGGUGGUUCCAAGAGCGAAGACGAAGGGGCUAGGAUUUCAAACUGGAGUGAACAAAAAUUAAAGGAUGGACCCCAUGGUAGUUUUACUAGUAUAUCUAGAGUUUCUACUCUUCAAUUAAAAUCAUUUACAAGUAAAUCAUUUAGUCCCCUUUCAAAAAGAAGGACGUUAAGUUCUGAAGACAAACCAUACACAACUGCUUCCUAUUCAGAAAUCUCUAGUGCCCCUAAUGGAAUUACCAAAGAUCCCUUCAACAUCAAUAGAGUGCAGAAUUUUGUUCGUAGGGACAAUAGACAUUCUGAUGGUGAACAAGAGCUUACAUCCCGAUUAGAGAAACAAGAGGAAAAAGGUAUACCACCAUUUCAACGCUCAAUGACAUUACCUCGAAAUAUGCGAUUGCGAGAAGGCUUAGAUAUACGUAAAAACCCAUUCUCCAUCGUAAAAAAAUCAAAGGAAGAACAGGAAGAAUCUAAAAGAGCUGCUGAAGUUCCAAAAAAUUUACCAGAUGCACCUUUUGCUCUGAUUGGACGUUAUAUGAGAGAUGUGCAAAAAAUGCAAAGUCGUUCUACUGGCAGUCUAGCUAGAGGUGAUAAUAAGUUAAAAACAAUAGAAAAGGACAUUAACUUUGACAUUGAUGAUGAAGAAAGUCAACCUGUGUUAAAAACUAAUGAAACACGUUCGAUGAAUCAGUUAUCAUCGUCUAUGUUAGCCACAGUAAAAGACUUGAUGAAUAAUAAUGUACAGGAAGAGAAAGCACAAGAAAUUUCAGAGCCAUUUAUUGCUCCUCCUGAUAAUUUCAGGGAUGAAGGAAAUAAUAAAACUCAGUCGCGAGUAAGAAAUAGGCCACCAUUAAAUAUAUCGUCGAUAACCACGGAAGAACAAGGAAAUGAGAUAUUGAGUGAUGAUGAAUAUUAUCGCCAACUUCAAGAAAGCCCUGCUCCACGAAGAAGACCAUCAUACAUCAUAGCACAAAGUGCAGAUGAUUUGGAUGAUCCAAUGAGCAUGUUCAGUAUUCCGAAAGUGUCCCCACCACCUGAUGAAUCUCAAGACAAUAUUGAUAUCAGUAAAUUAAGUAAACAACCUCCAAAACACUCACGUCCUAGAUUACCUGGAAUGUUGACAAAUGAUACGCUGGAGGAAAAAGACACAGUGAAAAAAGAUGACUCUGACAGUGAUGAAAUUGCACAAAUUGAUUUUAGUAAAGCAGAUAAAGUGAAAUCAGUGCAUAAACUUGCACGUCCAAGACCUCCACUUGCACAAGCUCCCAUUUUAGAAGGAAUAAUUGAGGAAGAAGGGCAGGGAUUAAAAAGGGGAAUACACGAUGAACCAGGCAAAAAGCGUCGUCCACGGAGACCUGUUAUUGGUGCUAUAUUUCCCGAAGAUACAAUUAUUGAGGAGCCUUCAAGGGACAUUGAGUAUGAUAGUCCUAAAAAUGAUGAAAGAGAGACUGGAAGCCAAGGUAGUGAUUUGCAUUCCACCCCAAAGAACUUGAGCUCUGAAGAUAUAUCAGAAAUCGAUUAUGAUUCCAAGUUUGAUAAUGUUAAUGGGGAAGUUCGUUCUAAAAGUGAUCCGAACCCAACAGCUAUAACACAGUAUAAUGAAAACAUAAGUAAUUACAAUGAACUAAAUACAAAUAAUAGUAUUGACCUAAAUUUAUCUCAAAACUUGGAACGAUAUCCAAGUAACUCUUCCACAACUUCUCUUGGUAAUAAAGACAAAAGCCUUGUGUCAAUAACUAAUGGUAUAGGAACGUCAGAACCACCUGAUCCACCAGAUACGCCAGUCACACCAGUUACUCCCACUUCUCCACAAGAAAUUGGAAUUGAAAAGCCACCAGCUCCACCAACAAAAGAGAAAACACCCAAAGCAGAAAUGCGAAGACAUGUUUUACAGAACCUUCUAGAUACUGAAAGAUCUUAUGUGCACAAUCUUGGAGCAAUGUUAACAAUGUUCUUUAAGCCUUUGAAGAGGCCAGAGAACGGGCACAUUAUCGAGCCAUCGCUUGUUGAUGAAAUUUUCUACCAAAUACCAGAAAUUUUAGUCAACCAUGAAUUCUUUUUGGAGCAACUGACCAACCGUGUGAAUGCUUGGAGUGAUGAGCAAAUCAUUGGUGAUAUUUUUGUAUCUUCAUUCACGAAAUGUCUGUUAAUGGACGCAUACAGCAACUUUAUCAAUCAUUUUGUUCAAGCCAAGACAACUAUAAGACAAGCCACAAACGCGAGGCCGCAGUUUGUGAAAUAUAUUGAACAAUGCACGAAAGAACACAAGGAGAAGCUGACACUCUCUGAUUUGUUGAUCAUGCCCGUACAGAGAAUUCCACGUUAUUGCUUGAUCUUGAAGGAUAUGCUAAAAUACACUCCUACUGAGCAUCCAGACUUUGGAAAUCUUAAGCUCGCGCUCGAUGAAAUAAAGACGCUUGCGGAUCGAAUGAACAAAGGUGAAGUGGAAGCGGAUCAAGCUGAGAGAGACGUCGAACGACUGCGCGACAUUGAAGCCACGAUCGAGGGAAUGGUAGAUUUGGUCAACAGCAACAGAAAGUUCCUUCGACAAGACCUUGUAGCUGAACUAAAAGGUGCCGUUGCAAAGAAGGACAGAUGUUUGUUUUUGUUCUCUGAUCUUCUUGUGUGCACCACGGUACGCAGAAAAACACAUGCUCUGCGUCGUGGUUCGCUUGGCCUUUUCACCGGUCAAUCAGCUGCUGAAUUAAAUCGAUACAAAUUCCUGUGGAAAUUGCCAUUAGAUGAUGUAGAUAUAUCAAAAGCUAAUAAUCCUCAACCAAAUGUGGGAGGCAGAGACAUUGAAAGGUUGGAGGAAGAUGUUCGCAUUCUCACUAAUAUUCUCUCUGAAGCCGAAUCUCUUACUGUCGCACACCAGAACUUGGAGUUUUCAGUUAAAGAUCUUAUGGCUGAAGUGCGUAAUCAAAUCCAAGAAAAACAAACACAAGCACCUCAAAUACCGCUCUCACCAAUGUUGUCAAAGAUCGAACUGCUUGCUCAAAUAGAUGACUUGCAAGAGUUUUACACAUUCGUUUUUCUAUCUGCUGAGUGUAAGUCCUCUUGGGAAGCAUAUUUCGAAGAAGCCAAACAAAAAUUAGCAUACUCAAGAGACACCUUUCCGCCUGAAUUUCAGUACCCAAUGCCGAUCACAAAAACACGCAGUGGAAUGCAGUUUACAUGUGCGGCGCCAAGUCAUGUAAACGGCUUCAGUGAUAUAAUGAACCAACCGAACAUCUGCGGCGACGUCUGGGUGUGCAACAGCGAUGGUUAUGUUGGACAAGUGUGUUUGUUGAGCAUGAUUCCUGAAGCGCAAUCCAAAGCGUGUUUAUCCGUUUGUUCAGCACGCAUUGUUUGCGUCGCAGCCGUUCCGGGCGCGCGAUUGAAUAGCGACAAGCCAAGAACUGACGGCGACAGAAAUAAUUUACAUUCGUUUUCACAAAAGAAAAUUAAAUCAAGUAAAAGCACGUCGAGCUUCAAGCAGAAGAAAUCCGUACCAAGCGAGUCGGAUGAUGACGAUAUUGGACAUGGUGCUGAAAACAUUAUCGCGUUCGAUAGCAGUGAUGACGACGAUGCAGAUAUGGGAACAUCGUUUAUAGGUGGGUCAUCUGCAUUUGGAGGUCGCAUGAGUCCAGACGGAAGCAGUCUUGGUACUGUAGGAAGUAUAGAAGGUGAUCAUGAUAGCAGCGACUUCAACAGUAGCGAUGACGAGGAUGAUCACACAGACUCUACGCGUAGAAUUAACGAACCGGUUGGCUCAUCGUUAGGUCGAAGUAAUAAUGGAUAUCCAAUGAAAGACCGUUUAGACGAUUUUCUAGAUGAAGAUCUUGAUGUGCAAGCUACUAUGUGGUUAGGAACUGAAGAUGGACAUAUAUAUGUAUAUCACGCAAAAGACGCCAUCACUCAAAGAAAAAGCAAAUUAAAAAUGCAACAUGGCUUUCCAGUUAUUUCCAUACUUUAUUUUGAGAAUAAAGUAUUCGUCGCACUGGGUAGCGGUGAGUUGUGUAUAUACAAACGUGAAUCAGGAACGAGCGGAUGGCAGAUCUCAACUCCUGAAACCAUCCACGUGAGUAUCACAGGAUCAGCUAUCGUUUGUAUGACGGCUGUUGCUGGUCGAAUAUGGUGUGGGUGUCAAAACACGAUCGUGCUUGUCAAUGCAUCAACCUUGAAGAUUGAGAGGCCGAUUACUGUUAGCCCGGAUCAUACAAAGUCAGUGCACAAAAUUGUAAGUUCAGGGUUGGGCGUGUGGGUUUCUCUACAGAACAGUGCAACAGUUCGGUUGUACCACGCCACAACGUAUGAAAAUUUACUCGACAUUGAUGUCGCAUCUGCGGUUAAUAAAAUGUUGGCCGGCGCGGACCAAAUUAUCAAACAACACAAAGCUGCGUGCUUGCGCGUAACAUCUUUAUUAAUUUGCAAGGACUUAAUAUGGAUUGGAACUAGCGCUGGUGUUAUUCUGACUAACCAACUUCCGUCGAUUAAUGUCAGCACGUCUGUUUUAAGACAUAGUCCUGGACCCACAGGCUCACCACACGGACACACAGGGCACGUACGAUUUUUAACGUCGGUGGAAGUGCCGAGGUCUAUGUUUAAGGGCCUGGAUUCUGACAAAGACAUUCUGAGAGGGUCUCCUAUGACGAACAAUGCUCGAAAUAAAAAAAAAGACGUAGAUAAAAAUAAGCUUUCCGACACCGACAAUAACGAUACGGUGACGUUAGUCGUGAGCGGUGGUGACGGUUACGAAGAUUUUCGGUAUAAUCAGCAAACAGAGGCUGUUGGACGUGAUGAUAGCACGAAUCACCUGCUAAUAUGGAGGGUAUGAUCCACUGCUAUUGUAAAUAAGUUAAGUCGCGCUCAGAGUUUUUUUUUCAAAUAUUUUUUUUUAUUUUCAUUUUUUUAUUGGAUUUAUAUAUUUACGGAAGUUAUUUUCGUAUUAUUAUUUUUUCGACAUCUUCGUCUGCUAGACGUUGUAGUGUCGUUUCAAAAGACAAAUCUAUAUCUAUAUACUUGUUUAUAUGCUUUUAAAAGUUAUUUUUUUAACGUGUAGCUUGUCUCCCAUUAAUUUAUUACGCAAACCUGGCAACGGGUUUUAUGUUUGUGCUGUGUAGUUGUAGUUGUAGAGUAUUUUAGUAUUGCGUUUCAUUCACUCAUUCACCCUGACAUUUAUUCAUUCAUUGCACCAACCGUUACUUGAUCGAGGGAGAACCCGUGCGAUCGAAUUUUUAUUAUGAAUCUAGCACACAAAUUUAUUUUUGUCCAGAGAGAAGCAUGUGCUAAGAAUUACUUGUAGCUAUAAUAAAAUAAUUUGUCUCUGUUACUCUGUUACUUUUAGCAACAUUUUACCUCUUUUUUUAUGAAUUCUGCUCCGCAUUGCUUUUCGCUUUCUAAUCCCAUUGCUUUUAUCAGAUGUUGUUGUGCUUUAUACAUUUUUAUAUUCAACUUCGCCGAAGAUCAUCUAACAUUUUAAGUCUGUGGCAUGUUCACCCUUCCGAAAUAUAUUCAUUGUUAAUCAUAAGCAUUUUUUUAACAGCAAAUCAUCAGUAUUAUUCUUAAUCACCAUUAUUCCAUGUAACAGUCGCACGAACUUUUAAAACAGUUAUUUUGAGAAGCCACGGUGUCUCUCUUAAUGAAAUUGUUCAUACUACGUCAUGUUGAUAAUAUUUGUAUAUAUACAUAGAAUUUGUGAUUAUAUAUUUUUUUGAAAAUGAAAAUAUGAUUUUUGUAGUGGUA